AUGGAAUCUACCAAGUUCAAUUUGCUCUUCUUUUACGUAAUUUUUCUUGCAAUACUCCCCACCCUUAAGGCUAACAUAGGUCACAUGGACCAUGUCUGGCAUAGGCGAAUGAAGGAAGCAAGGGAAGCUGCAAAAAAGGCAUACAAGCCAAACCCCAUGAAAGUUACCGCUGAAUUCAAUACACAAGUCAUGAGAGCGUUGAAAGGCUCCAACAGCACGAGAAGGGACUUGAAGAGCAAUAGUAAAUGCACGCCGGCAAACCCAAUUGACCAAUGUUGGAGAUGUGACCAAAAUUGGGAUAAAAACCGAAAGAAGCUUGCAGAUUGUGUAAUGGGGUUUGCCCACGGCACAACCGGAGGCAAAGAUGGGAAAAUCUACGUGGUAAACGACAAUUCCGACAACGACCUACUGGACCCUAAACCAGGAACAUUGAGAUAUGCGGUUACUCGGCCAGAGCCACUGUGGAUCACUUUUUCGAAAAGCAUGAACAUUAAGCUGAAAGGAGAGCUUAUGCUAACGGCUAACAAGACGAUCGAUGCACGUGGUGCCAAUGUGCACAUCAAAGAUGGUGCCCAGAUAACGAUCCAGUACGUGAACAACAUUAUCAUUCACGGAUUGCACAUCCACGACAUUAAGCCAGUUAAAGGUGGACUUAUAAGAGAUUCCGUCACCCACUACGGCGUUCGCGCCACCAGUGACGGCGACGGGAUUUCCGUCUUUGGAUCCACGCAUAUUUGGCUUGAUCAUCUUUCCAUGACCAAUUGUUCUGAUGGCCUCAUCGAUGUCGUUAGUGCGUCAACUGCAGUUACCAUCUCCAACUGCCAUUUUGUCAAACACAACGACGUAACUUACUUCUAUGUUUUGUUAUUCGGCGCCACUGAUAGCUUCUCAGGAGAUAAAGUGAUGCAGGUGACUUUGGCUUUUAACCAUUUCGGGAAAGGAUUGGUUCAGAGAAUGCCGAGGUGCAGAUGGGGCUUCUUUCAUAUUGUUAACAACGACUACACUCACUGGCUAAUGUACGCCGUAGGUGGCAGCCAGCAACCCACCAUCAUCAGCCAGGGAAACCGUUUUGUCGCCCCGGAAGACAGGAAUGCAAAAGAAGUGACAAAAAGGACUGAGACAAAUUCAGAUGGGUGGAAGAAUUGGAAUUGGAGAUCGGAGGGUGAUUUAUUCGUGAAUGGAGCCUUCUUUGUGGAGUCAGGGAAAAAAGUUGCACAGCCUCCCAAGACAGACGUGAAAGCACAAUCUGCGAAGUCCGUGGCUUCUCUGACUAAAGAUGCAGGUCCUAUAAAAUGUGUUUUAAACAAGGCCUGCUGAACUAAACAUGGAGCACUGCACGCUCAAAAUAGAGAGCUUGCAAAACACAUACAAAUAUAUAUAUUAUGUAUAUAAGAGUCAUGUACAGUCAGACCGAACGCGAAUGCU